AUGACUUCAGUGGACCAGCCCCUGCGUGAGCGCAUUAGACAAGUCGGGGAGCUUUCUUCGGAGAAGGAGAGCCUGCGCAAGGACGACUGUCAACGAAAAAAGAAUGAAGCCCUGCUCAAAGAAGUGGCUCGCCUGAAAAACAUGUAUGAUGAAGCGGAGCAAGUCAUUGAUGCCACGGUGCCUCCCCAGGUCUUCACUCUCACCGAUGUGCAGCAGGACAGCGAGAAACUCACUUUCUACACAGGAUUUGAGUCCCUUAAGAAAUUCCGAGCCUUUGUCAAGUUGGUGCAAAGGGGCUAUGACUCCUGCAAGCAGCGUCAAGCUCCCCAGAAAAUGCCACUGAAUCUGUCCAUGGAGGAGCAGCUCCUGCUCGUGUUGUCACGCCUCCGGGUGGGGCUUCUGGAACAAGACCACGCAUACCGGUUCGGUGUGCACGUCAGCACAGUUAGUCGGGUAUGGACCUUCUGGGUUGGGUUCCUGGCAGACCACCUUGCACAAGUGAGCUACUGGCCCUCCCGACAAGUUGUUAACGAGUACAUACCGGAGUGCUUUAGUGAGGUGUAUCCAUCGACUCGGGUAGUCUUGGAUUGCACGGAAGUAUUCAUCGAGACGCACAGUGAUUUCAGGGUGCAGAGCGACACUUAUUCGAACUAUAAAUGCCAUAAUACUGUCAAGGGCUUGCUGGGUAUCACCCCUAAUGGGUUUGUGUCCUUCGUGAGCGACCUCGCACCUGGCCGGGUGUCGGACAAAGCCCUGACAGCAAAUUCCGGACUGUGUGCCCUCCUCGAGCCCGGUGACUCCGUCAUGGCAGACAGGGGAUUUGUGAUCCCCAAAGAAGUAGAAGCUGUCGGGGCCACUCUGAACAUCCCACUCUUCCUUGGAGGAAAACCGCAGCUCUCUCUGGAGGAUGAAGCUAGGACGAGGGCCAUCGCCAAGGUCCACAUUCAUGUGGAGCGGGUCAUAGGACAAAUGAAGUCAUUUCGCAUCCUGAGAGGAACUUUCCCCAACAGCAUGAGCCGGAGCUUGAACUCAGUCUGGAAGAUCUGUGCGUUGCUCUGCAACUUUACACGGGAGCCACUUCUGAGCCGUAGGUAG